AUGACCACGAUGCAGAAGCUUCUGCAGUUGCCAGUGAAUGCGGUGAACAUGGUGAGGACCGUGCAGAGCCAGGUCCAGGGCCACAGUCAGGAGGAAGAGGUGCUGUCUCCGGACAGCGGGCAGCACUCGUGGUACAACGCACUGCCGGACGAACUGUGCCACCUCAGAUCGGCAGGAGGAGGGGGAGGAGGAGGUGUCUCAGCAGCUGGAAGCGGAGAGGAGAAAUCUGGACUGGAGGAUGGAGGGGAUGGAGGAGGCGGCGUGUCACAGAGUCAGCCACUGCGGUAUGAAUGGUGUACUUCACAACGUUGA